AUACGUGGAACGAACCUAGAUUCCUCUACAUGAGUAGUCCACGGUCAGUUAUUUAUUUAUUUUCUUUCAAAUGCAGGGCCUUAAAAAAAUAGGGUCAAGGCUGCAUUUGGCGUGAGCAGGCGACAUCCCGGAUAAAUAGAGCCUGAGCUUGUGGAAUCGUGUGCAAGCCCUACAUGGCAUUGUUCAUGCUUUCUGGAGCUUACUGCGGAUACUUUUUCCUUCGUUAUGUUUCCUCUAGAAGAGAUUACAAACAAUACUUGCUCUGGUUUCCGGGAUAAGCAUCCUCACACUAUCCUUUACAACAUCUUGAGCGGGAGGGAGAGUGGCUACCUCAACAGCAAACUGAACCAUUGCGCCACGGAGCACAACUGCCACUGUGAGCAGAGGAGGACAGUUUGCCUUAAGGACCCAAAGGCCACUUGCCAAGUUGCCUCCAGUGUGCUGGUCAAAACCAUCUGCUUUGUGAGAAGUUUACCAUCCUUCAGUCAGCUUUCAUCAGGGGAUCAGUCGUCAUUAUUAAGACACUGCUGGGUUCCUUUAUUUGUUCUAGGGCUCGCCCAAGAAAAGAUAGUCUUCGAAGUGACUGAUGUCCCAAAUUCGAGUAUUCUCCGACAGAUUCUGCUCGGACCACGACUCCCCGAACAGGAGGCCGAGCAACCAACUCUUGCUGAAGUCCACAAACUGAGAGCUUGCUUGCAUCUGCUGUGGAAUCUGGAUCUCAGUCCGAAGGAAUAUGCUUACCUGAAGGGUGUUUUAUUGUUUAACCCAGCUGUUCAAGGACUGAGUGCCUUGUCGUUUGUUGAAGCCCUCCAACAAGAAGCCAAAAGAGCUCUCGAAGAAGUCAUUCAACUCCUGCACCCAGAGGACACCGAUCGCUUCAGCCACAUCCUUCUAGCAGCCUACACCAUUCAGACUGUCGGCUACAGCCUGGUCACAGAGCUCUUCUUCAAGCCAGUUAUUGGCAACACAAAUAUGUUACAUUUAUUAACAAAGAUGUUGUUUGUGCAAUGAGAUCCGUGUGAGAAAGCCUUAUGUGAGUGAGUGUUAUAAAUAUGAACUUUUAUACAGUGAACUUAGAUUGAAAAGCACAUGAAAUAAACCUUUAAAUAAAUACCAUGAGUUUGAUGAG